CUAAAGGAUGUUUAUGGCAAAAUGAGCCACAACAUAACGCUGUCCGUGACUCCUAUUGAGGACGAUGUAGAAUUCACAGAGAUUACCAUUACGAUUACACAGGCUGGAAGGCUAGGGGUUUCUAGAUCCAUUGCUUGUAUCAUAAGAUACACAGAUGGACAGGGGUACCGAUUUCCUUUUGAGCCCCCGUCAUUUUUGCGGGCAGUGGAAGAAGUCUUGAAAAGUGAUCUGCCGGACAUUGAUGUCCUUACAAUAGCCCAAACAAUGACAGUAGACCAGUUCUAUGAUUUAGGCGUAGCUCUUGGUUUCACCAUACAAGAACUGGAUGUCAUAGAAUACAGGAGGUUCCAUGACAGAGAGCAGGCCAUCUAUGACAUGCUGGUGACAUGGAGAGAGAGACAGUCGUCUGGCCAAGCAGCAAAGGACAUAUUUCUCUCACUCAUAGAUUCACCAGUAGAAGAAAUGGCCAUCUCAGGUUUGACUUUCGAAAAAAAAGUGUCUCUUUGUCUUUAUAUUAGUUAAUGUCCAUUUUGAGGAAAAUACUAGCCUGUAAAACACUGGAAAUAUCAAGUGAAAGACAAUUUCUCUGUUUUUUGAAAUCCUACCAACA